CAUAGCUUAUAACAUAAACUUUCCAAAAAAAAACACAGAAACAAAUGGCAGCUAGCUUUUACAUUCUCUCGGUUCUUCUGUUUUUCACAUUAUACGACGUUGUUGUUUCGCAAACUUGUGUGUAUUCAAUAGCUAUAAAGACGGGAGACAAAAGACAUGCAGGAACAGACUCCACCAUAGGCCUUCAGCUCUGGAACGGGCGCGAUUCUCCGAUGAACUUUCCGAACAUUAAGGACUACGGCAUUGCGAGGCCAGGCCAUGACUACUUUGAGCAGGGUAAUCUGGACCGUUUCGUUUACUCCGGACGCUGCUUUAGUUCCCCAGUGUGUUUCAUCAAAUUAACAAGUGAUAAUGGAGGUAACAAGCCCGGCUGGUACGCUGGCCAUGUGGAACUCAUCACAACUGGUGGAUCGUCAGGUUACCAAAGUAAAUUCUUCUCUGUGAACCAGUGGCUUGCGACUAGUGAACCUCCGUAUCAGCUGUCUGUUAGCAGGGAUUUAUGUCAACUAAGAGAGAAAAAUGUGGUGAUCGAGUCGGUUGUUGAUGGUGUUACUAUGUAAGGUUUGUUUGAAUAGUUGUGAUGGGUGGUGUGGAGUGUUUUGUUAUCAAUAAUGUAAUCUGAAUCUGAUGCUUACAAGUUUUCAGAUCGGAUUGCUUCUGCUUCUUGUAUCUUCAUGUUAAUUAGUAGUUUUUCAUGUCUUACGGCUUAGGUCGAGCAUGUUAAGCUGCCCGUUUGUGUUCUUUUACUACGUAGUAAAUAAGUAUUGUAUAA